AUGGUCACCUGAUACGAAGUGAAACCACACCACACCACCGUCGGAGGAUUCCUGUCCCUGCCCACGCCGCCGCCUUCGCCGCCGUCCGCCGCCCCCGCCGCUGCCCCAGUGGAGAUGGCGCCUGGCACCACCCUCGCCCCCAAGCGCCGCAAGGCAGAGGCGUCCCCUUCCCCUUCCCCUUCCCCUAUGGGGGAUUCUUCCGACGGCGGCUACAGCGACUCCGACCUCCACGACGCCGAGGAAAGCUUCUACUCCGCGAGGAGCGGCUCCGAGGACGACCGCCAAGUUUCCUCCAGCAACGACGACGACGAUAGCGAGGAGGAGGAGCAAGAGGAGCGGGAGAUGGAUGAGGAGGAGGACGAAGAGGAUGAUGAUGAUGAGGAGAUGAAUGAGGAGGAUGACGAGGAUGAGGGGGAGGAGAUGAACGAGCUCGAGAAGGAGUACCGCACGCUCCAGACCAAUCAACAAAAUAUUUUGGAGACAUUGAAACAGCACAGAGAUGACGAUGUUUCGAAGGGCCAGGCGGUCAAAAAUCAAAAGGUGUUGUGGGACAAGGCACUCGAGAUGAGAUUCUUGCUGCAAAAGGCAUUUUCCACUUCAAACAAGUUGCCCAAGGAACCCAUCAGGUCGAUGUUUUGUGAUCACAAUCAGGAGAUAGAGCAAGCUUAUCUUGAUCUGUUGAAUUCAUCGAAGCAGACUCUUGGUUCCAUGAUGGAGCUUCAGGAGGCCUUGCUGGAGAGGAAUCGUGCUACAAAGGAUGUAACUGAUACUGAUAAUUCUUCAGAGUUGAAUGGAGAGGAUGAUGAGUGGUCAGAAGUUCAGAAAUUGCAGAAAAGGAUAACUCCGUUCAGAAAUAGUGAGAUAGAUAAAUGGCAGAGGAAAACACAAGUGACAACCGGUGCUGCUGCAUUGAAGGGAAAGUUGCAUGCUUUUAAUCAGAAUAUAAGUGACCAAGUUACUAGUUACAUGAGAGACCCAAGCAGGAUGAUUAACAGGAUGCACUUGAGAAAAUCUACCCUCGGUGUAUUUGGGGAGGAAGUGGGAGAGCAUGAAAACAAUAAGGAGGAGAACAAUACGGAAGGUGAUCCUGAACUUGUUGACGAUUCUGAAUUUUACCAACAACUUCUAAAGGAGUUUCUUGAGUCAUGUGAUGCAGGCGCAUCUGAGUCAGCAUUUUAUGCUCUAAAGAAGCAGCAGCAUAAAAAGAGAAAACUGGUUGAUCGUCGUGCUUCGAAGAGCAGAAAGAUAAGAUACCAUGUCCACGAGAAGAUUGCAAAUUUCAUGGCCCCAGUACCCAUGGUUAUUCCUCCAAUGGCUCCAAAAUUGUUUGAGAAUUUGUUUGGGAUGGGAAACCAAAAGUCGACCACAGCGUGAAUGCUUGACGAUGAUACUGCAAUGUUGACAUUAGGACGUAUAACCCUUUCUUGACUUAUAAAGGCCAGUCGUGUCUCGUAAAGAUUCUGAUUUGAUCAAAUUCGAUGGUAUCCGUGUUGGACUGGGGAACUGCAUUUCGAUUCAUACUCAUAUUUGUUUAGCAAUCUGGUUCUUAACUGACGAGUAGUUAUUAAGAGGGAUCUCUAUGAAAGAAUUUGGAGGAUAAUUUAGAUUAUCAGAAUUUGGAGGAUAAUUUAGAUUAUCAGUUGAGGUCGUUUCAUAGUUUGUAUGUUUUUCUCUUAAGAAUAGAGCACCAAUUAAUUCUUGUGAUGUCUUGUAGCGAGUAAUCUUGGAUUUGAUCAUUAAAGAUAGAUCAUGAAUUUGAAAUGUAUCUUCUGAAAAAUAUUACUCCCUCUGUCCUAGGUAGAUCAUGAAUUUGAAAUGUAUCUUUUGAAAAAUAUUACUCCCUCGGUCCCUUUUUAUAAAGGCA